UUCCUUACAAAAUGCCCAACAGCCGAUCUCGGCGUAGGCACAAAGCUGGUCAAGAAGCUAGGCGACGUGAAUUAGUCUCCAGAUCUUUGCAAAGUGUUCAGCAUUGUCUGGAGAAUCAGGAUUUUGGAACGGCAUAUGCACACUAUCUCUUGGUGCUAAAUUUGGCUCCUGAGCUAAAAAAGGAUGUGAAGGAAACUUUUCAGUUUACCCUUUUUAAAUGGGCAAAAGAGCUGGAUUCUCUUGCACGAAUUCAAGAUUUAUUUGACUGCUAUGAACAUGCCCUGGAAUUGUUUCCCAAUGAUGAAGUCAUAUGCAACAGCAUGGGAGAGCAUCUCUUCAGAAUGGGCUUUAGGGAUGAAGCAGCCGCAUAUUUCCAUAAAGCUGUGAAGUUAAACCCUGACUUUCCUGAUGCAAAGGAGAAUUUUUAUCGUGUUGCCAACUGGGUAGUAGAACGGUGGCACUUCAUCAUGCUUAAUGACGCCAACAGAAAUUUGCUGUAUCAGAAAGCAAUCCAGAAUGCAGUUCAGUCAGGGUAUAGAAGUGUUCUUGAUAUUGGAACAGGAACUGGAAUUCUCAGCAUGUUUGCCAAAACAGCUGGAGCAUCUUCUGUCUAUGCCUGUGAGUUGUCAAAGACCAUGUAUGAGUUGGCUUGUGAAGUGCUAGCUGCAAAUGGCUUGGAUGGAGAAAUCAGACUUCUUCAUAUGAAGUCUCUUGAUUUAGAAAUUCCAAAGCACAUACCUGAAAGAGUUUCCCUGGUUGUCACUGAGACUGUAGAUUCUGGUUUGUUUGGAGAAGGAAUUGUGGAAAGCUUGAUACAUGCUUGGGAACACUUGCUUUUACCUCCAAAGCGUAAUGAUGGGGAAGUUGGUUCCAAAAACUAUGGUAGAGUUAUACCAGCAGGAGCUACCAUAUGGGGGAUGGCAGUGGAAUGCAGAGAAAUACGCAGACACCACAGGGUGGGUGUAAAAGAAAUUGCUGGUUUGUGUUUGCCUGAUGUUUUGGAGUUCUACAGUCCAACAUAUACUCCUGUAAACUCAGAUGAAACUGUAGAACCUUAUACCACUGAAAAACUUAGUAGAGUACCUGGUGGCUACAAACCCCUCACAGACCAUUUUCAAGUUUUAACAGUGGAUUUUAACAAUCUUCAGGAGUUGAAAAGCUUUGCAACUCGUAAGCCAUCCAAGGUCAACAUACCUUUUAUUAAAGGAGGAAUCCUGGAUGCCAUUGUAGUUUGGUUUACACUACAACUCGAUGCUGAGCAUACACUUUCUACAAGUCCAAGUGAGGAAACCUGCUGGGAACAAGCAGUCUAUCCUGUACAAGGCCUUCUUGAUUACUCUGUGAAACCUGGAGAUUCUGUGAUGAUGGAAAUAUCCUGCGAGGACUGCUAUCUAAGACUCCAAGAUAUAUCUCUUGUGACUUCAGACAGUGGAAUGGAUGUAGAAAGAAACGUCCGAGAGAAGAACAGUGAGGCUGAACUCUGCAGUGCUCUGGCCAGCCUUCAAACAGCAAGCAAGCUGGAAAGGGUCAGGCAGGAAUGCAUGUUAGAAUCCACUGAAAUUGCUUCGCUCAACAACCUGUCCUAUCAUGAGUGUUUCAAAACUGCAAUAAGCAAAGUGCUCUCAACAUUAAGCCUUCGUGAACAAUCACAGUCCAUGGAUAUCGACAGCCAUAGCAAUGAGUUCCAUCUUGAAAAUAACCAAAACAAGAGCCCUGCAACUCCUGAUCCUUUGUAUGUGUUGGAUGUAUCGGAGGGCUUUUCCAUUUUGCCACUAAUUGCUGGCAAAUUUGGGCCAGUGAAGGCAUACAGCUCGGUUGAAAAAGAACAGCAUCAAAAAGCUCUUGUCCUUCUUUCAGAAGCCAACACAUUCCCUAAGGAAACGUUAGAGUUUUGGCUUGGCCACCUACAGGAUGAAAAUAUGGUAUUACAGAGGCCUAAAUCAGACAAACUAUGGAGUAUUAUAAUUUUGGAUGUCAUAGAGACUUCUGGUCUAAUUCAGCAGGAUGUGAUGGAAAAGGCAUCAAUAUCAAGGUGUUUGCUUCAAACUGGAGGGAAGAUAUUCCCACAGCAUGUGAAGAUGUAUGGAAUGCUUGUGGAAUCACAGUCUUUAGUACUUGAGACUGCAGUUCAAGGGAAGGAUCCCACACUUGGUUUCAACAUUGCCCCAUUCAUUAACCAAUUCAAGGUGCCUGUCCGUGUCUUCUUGGAUCUGUCCACGCUACCAUAUGUACCUUUGAGCAAAUCAGUGGAACUGCUGCGAGUGGAUCUCAUGAAUCCAUAUUUGAACAACUCCAGAAGAGAAGUUAAGGUACAGAUUUGUAAAUCAGGUCAAGUAACUGGCAUUCCAUUUUGGUACCAUAUACAUCUAGAAGAAGAUACAUAUUUGGAUACAUCAGGUGAGUCCUCCCAUUGGAAGCAAGCUGCUGUUGUGUUAGAUGAGCCAAUUCCAGUUCAACAGGGAGAUGAACUUGUGCUUAGUAUUCAGUAUUACAAAAGUAAUGUCAGCAUUACUGUAAAACGGUAAGCC